AUGUCUGAGCAACAAGACACCGAGAAGAGGCCCCUUCCAGGCGAUGCGGACGACCAAAAUCUGGAAAGGCUUGGGUAUAACCAAGAACUCAAGCGCAAUUUCUCCCUGACGUCCAUGUUGGCUCUCUCGGUGUCCCUGAUGGCGACCUGGGAAGCGCUGUGCAGUACCAUGGCAGCUGGAUUGGUUAGCGGAGGCCCAGUUUCACUCAUCUACGGAGCCAUGGUCGCUUUCAUCGGCUCGCUUUGCUCGGCCAUGUCGCUCGCGGAGCUGGCUUCUAGCCAUACCACAGCCGGAGGACAAUAUCACUUCGUCGCACACUUGAGUCCUAAAUCUACUGGGCCAGUGAGCAGCUGGUUUGCAGGCUACAUCACUACAUUUGGAUGGAUUACUGUCUCCGCAAGCGCUCCGUUCCUCGCCGGUACCAUGAUCCAAGGCCUUUUGGUUCUCAACCUAUCCCCCGACAACUACACAUUCGAGAGGUGGCAUGGAACUCUCAUUUACUGGGCAAUCCUACUGGGAGCUGCAUGCAUCUGCAUUUUCUGCAGUGACAUGCUGCCUCUCCUUGAGAAGCUCUCGAUGGUACUACACAUCGUCCUCUUUUUCGUCAUUAUCAUCGUCAUGUGCGUUGUAUCACCGACCAAAAACUCGGCCGCCUUCGUCUUCACAUCGUUCGAGAACAAUUCCGGGUGGUCGAACGACGGCGUGGCAUGGUGCAUUGGGCUCCUCAGCUCCUGCUACGUUGUAAUAGGCUACGACGGAGCAACACACUUGAGCGAAGAGAUGCAUAAUGCCGCGACUGGUGUUCCCCGUGCCAUGGUCAGCGCCGUCGUCAUCAACGGCGCGCUUGGGUUCGCAUUCUUGGUCGCUGUGCUCUUCUGCAUGGGCGACAUUGCUUCAGCGCUUGACACGAAUACUGGGUUCCCAAUCAUCCAAAUUUUCUACAACAUUACAGGUAGCAAGGGAGCUGCUUCGGCCAUGUCCAGUGCAGUUGUUUUGAUGGCGUCCCUGUCUACCAUCCCUUUGGUGGCAUCGGCAGCUCGUGUCAUGUGGGCGUUUGCCAGAGAUCAAGGACUGCCUUUUUCCAAAUUUCUCUCUCGAGUGGAAAAGAAGCGAAGCAUACCAACCAUGGCAAUUGUUGUCAUAACAGUCAUCUUGAUGCUUCUCGGGCUCAUCAACAUCGGUUCCACGACAGCUUUCAACGCGAUUUUAUCAUUGGCGGUCGUUGGCCUGCAAAUCUCGUAUCUAAUGCCAAUAAUACUCGUGCUGUGGCGAAGGAUCUCAUCGCCCGAGACACUGACCUGGGGCCCGUGGCGACUGGGCAAAGCUGGAGUCGCCGUCAACGCCAUCGCGGUGUUUUAUUUAAUUUUUGCCAGCUUGUUCGCACUCUUCCCUCCGUACCAGCCAAUCACCCCCGAAAACAUGAAUUAUGCUUCCCUCGUUUUGGGGGCGACGCUUCUCUUUGGACUGUUCUACUGGCCGUUUCGAGCGAGGAAGCGGUAUGCGGGCCCCCUGCUUGAGAUGCAGGGCCUUGUCGAAGCCGUUCCUGACUCGUCAGCUCCGGAACAAACCAACAAGGAGUAG